AUGGCAAUGGAAACACAAACACAUCUCACAGAAGCCAUGUUGACGGAGAUUCUAGCUAGACUUCCCUUGAUAAGCAUCGCGAGGUUCAAAACGGUGUGCAAAACAUGGAAAACGACACUCGAAUCUCCGUACUUCCGUCGUCUCUUUGUGUCGGCUCACCAAAACUCCUCUUCCUCGUGGUCACUAGUGUGUGGAUCAAAAGAACUCAUAGGGUUCCAUGGAUGCAAGACAUGGAAUCUUCCCAAGUCUCUCAUCCCACCGUCUCUCAAAGGCUUUAGUAUCGGUGAUGCCAGCUACACAGAUUCUUCUAGUGGAAUGGUUGUGAUAGACAGCUCCGAUAAUUCUUAUUGCUACGUGGGCAAUCCAGUUUUACAACAGUGGGUCAGAAUCCCACCAGCUCCAAUUGCUUCCCGUGUGUUUGGUUUGGUUACUCGCGUGGACGAGGAUCGUGUCGUCUCCAGCUUCAAAGUGAUUAGGUUAGCUACGGUCGCAUCUACUGGUAAUGAUCUUCUCUCGUGUAUCUUGUACGUGUUUAUUUAUUCCUCCGAGAUAGGGAUUUGGAGUUUCAAGAAAAUUUACUCUCCUCACCAAAUCGUUGACGCCCGGGUGAGUGUGGAUGGAGUACUCGUCGCUCAUGAUUUCUAUUCGGAAUCCAAUGAGUUCCGGGAUAUUGCUUUGAAGAUUUGGAGGUUGAACAAUGAUGAUGAAACUUGGAAACUUUUGUGGGUAUUCGAGCUCCCGAGUACCCGUGCUUAUGUACCCAUGGCAAUGCAUCCAUUUGAUAUCGGUACUAUUUAUCUAUGUAGUCAUCAUGAUCAUCAAUUGGUAUCAUGUAACUUGCGGACACUAAACUGUACAAUCCUCAAGGAUGGAUAUAAUGAUGAUGGUCAUCAAGAUUGUUUCAUUGACCAGUCUGUUUGUGACGACUUUGUGCAUCGGAUACCUGAUCCAGUAUCAUUUUCAUAUCGGUGGGGUGGCGUUUCAGUCAGGUGCUUCCCAUUGGUUCUCCCACGGUGGAUGGGUUCGGUGCCUUGUCCUCCCCAAGCUGAGAUGAUAGAUACAAUUUCACUACUUUCGUUUAUGACUUCAACGUAG